GGCGAGGGACUCGUGAUCUGAGCUGAAAUCAAAACCUUGUCGACUGCGGUCAUUUUCGUGCGGGGCGCGGUGGAGUGUGGUGUCGGAUCAGCGGCUCUCGUCAUCGAUCAUUGGAUGGUGAUACAUCGUUCCUAAUUUUGUGGUUUUAACAUCAGCAUUUCCCUUCUUUUUCUAACGUGACUCAAAGUUUUGAAGAUUCCUGUCCUAGAGAAAAACCCACACAAGUGGUGGGAAGAGGAUAGCUUCGCAGAGACUGAGCCUGAGCUGCUGCCUGCCUACCCGGAGCUGAUUGGCUUCGUCCUGUUCACCGUCAACUCUUGGUUGGUGCCUAGCGGACUCCCGCCCUGGUUCUGACAACUUCCAGUGACCUAGACCGGCCCACAGUUAACAGACGCCCGCCGUCGCCGCUCGCUCCGCCGUCCCGUCGUUAGCCGCCGUUACCCACCGAUGAAGCAGAACUCUCCGCAGCAGACGGCCGAGGUCAUGGUGGUGGAUUCCCCCACUAUGUCCCCGGCCGUCUGCCAACAACUCGUCUCCAAAAUCUCUCGGGAAACUGAAGAUGCUUUUUACCUGUUUGACGUCGAUGACGUCAUUCUAAAAUAUAACACCUGGCUAGAGAAACUACCCCGCGUGCUGCCAUUCUACGCGGUGAAAUGCAACAACCACCCGAUUCUACUUCAAGUCCUCAAGGCCCUGGGCGCCGGUUUCGACUGCGCCUCGAAGGCCGAGAUCCAGACUAUGACCGAGAUGGGCGUACCGCCGGAACAGAUCAUCUUCGCCAACCCGUGCAAGCCGGCAUCCCACCUGCGCUACGCCGUCGCCCGCGACGUGCAGCUCAUGACAUUCGACAACGAGACCGAGCUCACCAAGGUCCAGACGCUGGCGCCGAACGCGCGCCUGGUGCUGCGUAUCCGCGUCGACGCCGAGGACGCCCAGUGUCCGCUGGGCAUCAAGUUCGGCGCCGUGCCGAGCGCCGCGCCGCGCCUCCUGAAGCUGGCCGCCGCCCAGGGCCUCAACGUGGUGGGCGUGUCGUUCCACGUGGGCUCCGGCUGCCGCGAGUUCGCCGUCUACGAGCGGGCCAUCCGCGCCGCGCGACUGGUGUUCGACCAGGCCGCCGAGGUGGGCUACACGCUCUCCCUGCUCGACCUGGGCGGCGGGUUCGCCGGCGAGCGCGGCUCCUCGCUCGACGAGGCGGCCGGCUACAUCAACUCGGCGCUGGACGAGUGUUUCCCCGAGUCGCAGGGCGUGACGGUGAUCGCCGAGCCGGGACGCUACAUGGCCGCCUCGGCGUUCACGCUGGCCACCCAGGUGACGUCCGUGCGCCGCGCCGCCGACUCUGUGGACUACUAUGUCAACGACGGGGUGUACGGCGCCUUCAACUGCAUCCUGUACGACCACCUGGUGUGCGUGCCGCGCCCCCUGGAGGAGGCGCCGGCUGAGAGCAUCCCCGCCACCGUCUGGGGCCCCACGUGCGACUCGAUGGACCGCAUCUGCGAGGGGUGCCUGCUGCCGCCGCUGGAGCCGCAGAGCUGGCUCGUCUGGGAGAACAUGGGCGCCUACACGCUGUCGGCGGCCGGCACGUUCAACGGCUUCCCGCGCGCCACCGUCUACCCCGUCAUCACUGCCAAACUGAGCGAGGCGGUCCGUAACGCCGUGUGGCCGCUGACGCCGAUGCCGGAGCCGGCCAUCCAGAUCACUCCGCUGCCCGUGGAGCAGUGUGUGGCCGAGAACUGAGCGGACGCGGCCCAUCGGCCCCGCCCGGACAUCCUACCGGAUACUGGAGACCCGACCCGCGGCGGACCUGCGCGCGCCGCGCCGCCGCGGAGAUCGCACCUAACGCCAUAGCCAGAGACACCGACACACGCCUACGACAUUCAACCAGAUCUAUUAAUGUAAUCACCACGUGCUACCUUUUCUCACGGUGGCCCGUUUACGGGCACCUCUGCGCUACCUUAGCUAUACGACGGGAUCGCUUUUGUAGCCUCGACGAGGGCGUCUGGAAACUGUGGGCCGGUAGAAAUGCAUGUACGCUCUACUCUCUCUUGGUGUUUUGCUGGAUGAAAUAAAUAUAUAAAAACGCA